UUCCACCGGAGAAUUGAGAAAGGCAUCCCUGCCCAGGUGCGCGGCAAGGUGUGGGCCAUGAUGCUCUCCGUGGAUACCAGGAAGGCCCAGAACCCUGGCAAAUUCGAGGAGAUGAAGGAACGGGCCAGGUUGUGCUCAGAUCAAGUCCAACAGAUCGAUGAAGAUGUAGCACGCACGUUCAGAAGUCACAUCAUGUUUCGAGAGCGAUACGGAGCCAAACAACGCUCCUUAUUUGAGGUGCUCCUCGCAUACUCAAUGUACAACCCCGAAUUGGGCUACAGCCAGGGCCUAAGCCACGUGGCAGCCCUGCUGCUGAUGUGGCUGAGUGAAGAGGAUGCUUUCUGGGCCCUAGUCCAGCUCAUGGGGGACAGCCAGCACGCGAUGCAUGAUUUCUACACACCGGACUCCCCAAAACUGGAGCGAUUCCAGCACCACCUGGGAGCUAUCAUGCGUCGCGUGCUCCCCUCCCUGGAGAAACACCUGGAGAAGGAGGGUGUGUGCCUUGAGGACUACACCGCCCACUGGUACAUCCAGUGCUUCCUGGAUGGGGUGCCGUUCCCCCUGGCACUUCGGAUGUUCGACAUUUACAUCCUUGAGGGCGCGCACGUACUCACCGGCAUGGUGUACACCGUCCUCAAGGUCCACCGAAAGCGCCUGAUGAAGAUGUCCAGGGACCACAUCCGGGAGUUCCUGCAGGUGACCCUGAAGCAGGCCUGGUCACUGAGCGAGGAUGCAGUCAUCAGGCAGCUGCGGGCCUCCAUGCGUGAGCUGGGGAAGCUGCAGUGCCUCCUGCCUCCCGAAGAUAAGCCAACCGAAGAUGGCAGCCCGGCCCUGCAGGUGCUGCCUGGCUCUCAGGAGCGCGCUCCCCCACCAGUGUCCAUCAAGACCAUCGUUGAGCGCAAAGGCUGUCACCCUGCUGCUGCAGCUCUCCAGGAGCCAGCGGGGGCUUCAGCUUCUGUCCCCGGGGAGACCGGUCCUCUCGGAUCUGCCGUCCAGCCCGACUCCAAGCAACACACCAAGGAGGAGAAGGGCAGUCGUGGCGAGAGCAGCACCCAGCCCUGCGGCCAGGGCUCCUCCACGGGGGCCUCAGGGUCAGGGGGCGCCGCCCACCUCUCGGGCCCACAGUGCUCCUGGCUGGACGAGCCAGGCCCCCUCCGGCGCUGGACUUCCCUGACCAAACUCAACGUGACCUUCCAAGAUGACUCCGACUCUGAGGAUGAGGAGUACUACAGCGGCCUGGAGAAGCAGGAAGAGGACGAAGAGGAGGAGGAAGGGGAGGAAGACCAGGCUGCUGAGUGUCCUGCGUCUCCCUGGCCAAAGCUGCUUCGGGACCUGAGAUUCGUCCUGCCCGAGACAAUUUUUGAAGAGGACGAGGAGGGAGGCUGUGAAGAGGGUGCCUCCCCAGAGCCCUCGUCCCCAGCCCUGUCUGUGAAGUCCUCAGAGUCUCUGCGUGGCCCAGGCCUCUUGGCCCCACAGAGCUUGCAGAGCAGGGGAGACCUGUCCCGAUGGGGGGGCCUCCCAAAUCUCAGCCCGCCUGUCAAAGGCGCUGAUUUCUGGCCCCUGGAGCUGGGUGGCCAGCAGGGUCUCAGGGCCCCUCCCCCACCUGCCUCAGAGCCCCUGGAUCCCGGGCCCAUGCAGGCUGUGCCAGCCCUGGGAGCAGGGCUGAAGACGCCCUCCCUGCAUGGGAGCCCCAUGCACUCUGGGGACACUCACGGGCUGGAGCCUGCAGGAGCCAGCUCUGCACUGGGAGACCAGGCCUGUGUGCCCUCCCUGGCUCGAGGCCUCCUUGCUGCCCAUUCCAUGGAGGAGCUGGAUGUGUGUGGGCACCUGGAGGGGAAGAAGAGCCCACCAGGUGUCCAGCUCAGACGGGCCAGAAGCUUAGGCUGUCUGAGCACAGCGGCCUCCCCGAUGGACAAGGCUCCUCUCUGGAGCUCCUCUCCCCCAUCCUGAGGCUUCACCCAUGCUCAUCUCGGCCAAGGAGGCUAGCUUGUCUAUGCCCGCCGGCUUCCCUGAUGGUCAAGGCUCCUCUCUGGAGCUCCUCUCUCCCUCCCUGAGCUGCCUCACCCUAGCUCAACUCGGCCAGCAUCUAGCUUCUCUUUGCCAGGCAUCCUCCCUGAUUGACAAGGCUCCUCUCUGGAGCUCCUCUCCCCCACCUGAGCUGCCUCACCCUAGCUCAACUCGGCCAGCAUCUAGCUUCUCUAUGCCCGCCGGCCUCCCUGAUGGACAAGGCUCCUCUCUGGAGCUCCUCUCCCCCUCCCUGAGCUU